CCAACAGUCUGCAUCCCAUCUGUUUUCUGAAUGCCCCAGCUCAGAGGAGUUCUUAGAGAGCUACCCCAGUGACCUUGCUCCCAGAAAAGAAGUGACAGCACAGGAGGACCACUGACAUCACUACUCAGGAGCAGGUACCAUCGACACUUCCCAAGCAUGGGUCACACUUCCUCUUCUACAUCCCCUCAAAAAGAGGAACCUGAUUUGACCUCCAUCUUCGGCACAAAUCUUCAGAACUUCAAGAUGAAAACCAAUAUCCUGUCUCAGGAAUUGAUCGCCUACAUUGAAUCAUUCCUAGAGGAAGGAAACCUUCGGGAAACAAUUUCUUCAAUCAGGAAUGCUCUGGGUGACAUUGAGAAAGCCCCACUGAACAUUGCAGUGAUAGGAGAGGUUGGGACUGGAAAGUCCAGUCUCAUCAAUGCUUUACGGGGAGUAAAAGCUGAUGAAGAAGGUGCAGCUGCUACUGGGGUGAUAUGUACAACCACUGAGAGAACACCGUACCCAUAUGCAAAGUAUCCCAGUGUGAUACUAUGGGACCUGCCUGGUAUUUCAUUUUUUGCCUUACAUCCAUAUGAUUAUUUGAAGAAAAUCAACUUUGAGGAAUAUGACUUCUUCAUUAUUGUCUCUUCUGGAAAACUUUUACUUAAUGACACAGUACUUGCCAAAGCCAUGGCACAAAUGAAGAGGAGUUUCUAUUUUGUUGUAAGCCAUACAGAUACUGAUAUUAUGAGGUCAAGAUGGAAUGAGAGAUUCUAUGAAGGGAGCACAUUAGAGAGGAUUCGUUAUAGCAUUUCAAAUAUACUCAAGGUAGUGACCAACCAGGAGCCUCCACUUUUCUUAGUCUCUAACUUUGAUGUGUCUGACUUUGACUUCCCAAAGCUGGAAACUACCCUUCUGAGAGAGCUCCCAGCCUACAAACGCCACAUGUUCAUGCACACUUUGUCAAUUUUUACGGAUGCCAUCAUAGACCAGAAGAGGGAUAUGCUGAAACAAAAGAUCUUGAAGGAAUCCAGAAUGCCAAGGGCUACCAUGCCAUUCAGGGGACUGACCCCAAAUGACCUAGAGAUGUUGGAACAGACUUUGAAUGACUAUAGAUCUUCCUUUGGCCUGGAUGAGGCAUCACUGGAAAACAUCGCUGAGGAUUUGAACGUGACACUGGAGGAACUCAAGGCAAACAUUAAGUCUCCACAUUUGUUCUCAGAUGAGCCUGGUACAUCCUUAACAGAUAAACUAUUGAAGUACAUUAGAAAUCCCUUUAUUUCAAAGGUUUUCCACUUGCAAAAUUAUUUCAUUGACACAGUUGCAAGUGAUGUUAAAAUUAUCCUCAGUAAAGAAGAGCUUUUGACAGAGAAGCAACCUUCAUGGAACACAGCUACAUGCAAGCCUUCCUCUAGCAGUUCCUCUCCUCCAACUGCUCAAAUUUUGGCUUUCACCUUUGAAAACUUUUUUAAGAACUUCAAGAAGGAAAGCAAACUCCUCUCUGAGGAAACCAUCACUUUGAUUGAAUCCCAUCUGGAGGAUAAGAACCUUCAGGGGGCACUGUCUGAAAUUAGUCAUGCUCUCAGAAACAUUGACAAAGCCCCACUGAACAUUGCUGUGACUGGAGAAACAGGAACUGGAAAAUCCAGCUUUAUCAAUGCCCUGAGGGGAGUGAGGGAUGAAGAAGAAGGAGCAGCCUCCACUGGGGUGGUAGAGACAACCAUGAAGAGAACUGCAUACCCACACCCAAAGCUUCCCAAUGUGACAAUAUGGGACCUGCCUGGCAUUGGCACCACUAACUUUAAACCACAAAACUACCUAACAGAAAUGAAGUUUGGUGAGUAUGACUUCUUCAUUAUAGUCUCGGCUACACGCUUCAAAGAACUUGAUGCACAUCUGGCCAAAGCCAUUGAAAAGAUGAACACAAAGUUCUACUUUGUCCGAACCAAGAUAGAUCAAGAUGUCAGUAAUGAACAGAGAAGUAAACCAAAGUCUUUCAAUAGAGACAGUGUCUUAAAGAAAAUUAGAGAUGACUGUUCAGAGAACCUUCAGAAGGUUCUCUCCAGUCAGCCUCCAGUCUUCCUAGUCUCUAACUGUGAUGUGUCUGACUUUGACUUCCCAAAGCUGGAAACCACCCUACUGAGCGAGCUCCCAGCCCACAAGCGCCACAUCUUCAUGAUGUCCUUGCACAGUGUUACUGAGACUGCCAUUGACCGGAAGAGGGAUUUUCUCAGACAGAAGAUCUGGCUGGAGGCCCUGAAGGCUGGAGUACUGGCCACCAUUCCACUUGGGGGCUUCAUCAGAGAUGAAAUACAGAAGUUGGAGGAGACCUUGAAUCUCUACAGGUCUUACUUUGGGCUGGAUGAAGCCUCACUGGUAAAUAUUGCCAAGGAUUUUCACAUGUCUGUGAGUGAAAUCAAGGCAGAACUUAAGUGUCUCCAUUUGUUAACAAAGGACAAAGACAUGUCCUUCAAAGAAAAACUGUUGAAAUAUAUUGAAUCUAUUUCCUGUGUUACUGGAGGACCACUUGCCUCAGGCCUUUACUUUAGAAAGACUUACUAUUGGAAAAGUCUCUUUAUUGAUACUGUGGCAAGUGAUGCCAAGUCUCUCCUUAAUAAGGAACAGUUUUUAUCACAGAAGCGAAGAUCGUGCAUGCCUAUCAUAAAUUCUUGAAAACAUGAAUAGAGCUGUGAGGUACUAACCUUUGGACUGGCUUCUGGCACUGACUUAAAGCUACUUUUAAGCAGCAAACAUUUUCUGGAAAAGACCAAAGAAUCCAUGCCUUUCAGAGACAGAAUAUCACUGAAAUGAGUGGAAAAAGAAGCUUCCACAUUAUAAGGACUGUCUUCCAUUAAAUCGUCAUUAUGAGAAUAUAUGGUUGUAUACAUAUGAAAUGCAAUAUCUUUUUCUAAUUAACCUUGGAUCAUUUGUCCCAC